AUGAGCAGUUCUACUGCUCCCCAGGGCGUGGCAACCCACCUGUCCGCCAAUGGCCUCAUUGGCAUCACCUGGGCAGGUGUGGCGCUGAGCGUAGCAUUCACCUCGAUUCGUAUAGCCAUCCGCCUGCAGCGCAUGAAGCAUUUGCUCGCAGACGACUAUUUUGUCCUGUGCGGGCUGGCUUUGCUCAUCACAAACGCAGUGUUGCAGACCAUCCAAGCGCCACACCUCUACUACAUGACUCUAACCCCCACCGGAGAAGACAUCAAAUACCAUUCCCUGCGCUAUGUGCACCUGGAGUUCGUCAUCAUCGGACUUUUCUGGUCCAUCCUCUGGAGUAUCAAGGGCUCCUUCCUGGCUUUGUUCUGGAUGAUCUCAGACGGACUCCCGAAGUACCGUCGCGCGUGUGCUGGAAUCGCCAUAUUCGCUUUCAUAGCGUAUGUUGGGUGCUGGCUUGCGUCGGCACUCAACUGUCAUCCUCCGUCGGAUUACUUCAGAUUCGAUAUCAAAGGCUCCGUUAUCUCCAUCAGCUAUAGUACAGCUGUGGAUAUCAUCACUGACCUGAUGAUCAUGGCUCUCCCCCUUCGCAUCCUCUGGAAGGCGAAAAUCACCAGACAACAAAAGAUCGGUCUAGGUGUCGUGUUCUGCGUCGGAUUCAUCAUCAUCGCAACAGCAAUCGUGCGCGCAAUUGAGAUUACCGGAAGAGCCUAUUCGGACCAAGUCGGUCUUGCUAUAUGGAGUAUCGCUGAAUCCUCAAUCUCUGUCAUAGUCGGCUGCCUCCCCCCUUUUAAAUCCUUCAUCUCCCGCAACUCGAGCACAAACCAGUAUCCCUACGGAUCAAGCGGAUAUACAGCUAAUCGCUACGAUCGGAGUGCGACAUCAGCACGGAAGAAAAGGUCUUUAAUCACGACGAGCUUGAGCGAGGUGCCCCUACCACUGGAGGAUAUGAAAUCAUAUCGGGAUUUGGGGUAUGAGUCUCAUAGACAGAAUGUGCAUAUAACGGGUGGUGUAGAUGGGCCGGAUGGUCUUGGGAAUACGUCGUGGUUUAAAACGUCUGAGGACGAGCCGCGCGGGGAGAUCAGGAUGGUUAAGGAGUUUGUGAGUGUUCAUUUUUUUUCUUUUUCUCUUGUUGUGAGUGUGUUUACUGAUGUUUGCAGAGCAUGGUUUCUUCAAGAUGAUUUGUGUUUCUUUGUGUACAUCAAUCAAAGUAGCUCUACAAAAGGCCGGCCAAUCCAACGAUCAGGGUCAAGAGCCAUAUAUCCCAAUCGACACGGCUAUCCCUCACAGCACAAUCCACAUCCUUAA